AUGACCAAUUCGUAUGCCAAUAAAGUUAAAAUACUAAAAGUUGUCACACGCAACAUGAGACUUGCUAAAUGGGUCGACUGUAAUGAUGAAGAAAUGUUGAAGUUCCUAGGCUUGUUGAUUUACAUGGGACUCAAAAAAUUACCCAAAAUGAGUGACUAUUGGAGCAAUAAUAUCCUCUAUAAAAAUAAAGUAGUUUCUCAGGCUAUGAGUAGAAAUAGAUUUGAGCUGUUACUAAGAUGUUGGCAUUUUGAAGACAGUAUCCACUUGACAUCCAAUACUGACCGUCUUUUAAAAAUAAGGCGUUUUGUGCAGUUACUUGCAGGUACAUUUCGAAAUUCCAAAACGCCUGGUGAAUAUAUCACUGUAGAUGAGACCAUGGUGGCUUUUAGAGGACGUAUAAAAUUCAUGCAAUAUAUUCCCGGUAAACGGCACAAAUAUGGCAUAAAAUUAUUUAAAGUGUGUGAUGAUGACGGCUACACACAUGACUUUAUCGUUUACGAAGGUAAAAAUUCAAGAGAGCAGAUCGAGUCGCCUGCCAACAUAGUAAUGAAGCUUUGUCAUCCCUACCUCGGAGUAGGCAGGAGUGUAGUAACGGAUAAUUAUUACACUAGUGUAGAUUUGGCGCAACAAUUAUUGAAAAAAAAAAACACUCACCUGAUUGGAACAUUACGCAUAAACAGGAAGGGAUUACCAAAAAAAGUGGAACAAGAAAAACUGUCCAAAGGUGAAACGAUUGCUUUAGAGAACAAUGACGGUAUUCUUGUGCUCAAAUGGAAAGACAAGCGUGAUGUAUUCGCUUUAUCGACAAAACAUUCUAUUGGUUUUGUUACUGUUCAAAGAAGGAGGAACCCUAACAAGAAAGUAAUGAAACCUACCUUAAUCGCUGAAUACAACAAACACAAAUGCUCAAUAGACUUGUCUGAUCAAAUGGCAAGCAAUGCCAAUCCUGCCAGAAGAAACAUCCGCUGGUUUCAGAAACUAGCUGUAGAACUAUUACUUUCAACAGCUGUCACAAAUGCAUAUAUAAUUUAUAAGACUCAUAAGCAACUAAGUAGCAAGAAGUCGAAUUUUCGAGAAAAUCUCUGCCUACAGAUGUUAGGAAUCACGUCUAAUUCUAAUUCAGCAGCUCGUGAACAAAGUCAAAGAGAUCAUAAAUUCAGCAAAUCAUUGAUGGCUGAUCACAGAGGACGACUUAUUCGGCGAAGGUGCAUAUGUUACGGUAAAUCUGAUUAA